GAAAAUAUAGAAAAUGGGUGAGGAGAGAGAAAGUGAAAUGAUAAUGGUUUUUUUUUCUUAUGUAUAUAUGGGGUGGGGGAAAUAGUACGGAUAUUACUAUGUAGUUACUGUAAAAGUGAGUAUUUGGGGAAGGGGUGUUAAACGAUGAGUUUAGGGAGGGGUGUAGGCUAAGAUGCCUAGACUAGAGUCUAUCCAUAUAUAACCCGCCCUAUUUUCGGGCCGGAUCAGGUCGGGCUAGCGGGCCGGGCUAAUGUGAUCACCUUUUGCAUUGAAACCAGUGAAAGGCACCCUACUUUUUCCAUUGACGUGACUUCUGAAAUCUCUGUCCUCCAUUGAAGCACCUGUUUUUUUUCAUUUUGUAUUAAUCGAAUAUCAAUUUCACAAUUUAGGGUUUAUUUUUAGGGUUUUCCAUUGUGAAUUUUCCCGCCGUUGUUGAAACUUGAACAUUUCAGAAAUGGAGAAGAAUCCCGCAGAAGAAGCUCUAAUUCUACUCAGAAGCAGACUAUGUGACCCUCAUGCAUUUUUCUCUCUCCUCCCUUCUUCUUCAGAUACCAACUUUAGUAAAUUGAAGUUUUUGAUAUCUAGUUCAAUCACGGAAGCAUGUAAUAAUUCGGUGUUGCUUCUUGGUCCCCGUGGUUGUGGCAAAACUGCGGUUUUGGAGUUAGUCCUUAGAGAUUUAUUGGUGGAAUAUCCUGAUAUGAUAUCUGUGAUAAAAUUAAACGGGCUUUUGCAUAGUGAUGAUAAUUGUGCCCUCAAGGAAAUCGCCCGACAAUUAUGUGUGGAGCAUCAGUUGUCGUUCUCGAAAAUGGCUUCUUUUGAUGACAAUACUCAAUUUGUGAUUAGUAUGUUGCGAGAGUGUGGGUUGGCACAUAAGACAAUUGUUAUUGUUCUGGACGAAUUUGAUAUAUUUGCUCAGGGUAAACAACGGUUACUCUAUAGCUUGUUAGAUGCAAUGCAAUCUGUGACGUCACAAGCUGUUGUGAUUGGCAUUAGCUGUAGAUUGGAUGCUGACCAACUUUUAGAGAAAAGAGUUAGAUCCCGUUUAUCACAGAGAAAACUUUUGUUUUGUCCUCCCUCAAAAGAUGAGUUAGAAAGGUUGCUGGAGUUUCUAUUAUCCUUGCCGGUAAAUUCGAGCCUUCCUCAGAGUUACGUAGUUGAAUUCAACAAAGAGCUUCGUAAGAUAUUGGCUGACAAGAAAUUCAAAGACACUAUGAACACAUUGUUGAGUUCAGAUUCAACAGUUGACCAGAUUAUGAGAUUCUUGUUUUUAUCUGUUUCCACCAUGGACAUGAAGACGGGCAUCCUUUCAAUUGAGAACUUCAAGAGGGCUGUUGUGAGAUUAAAUAGACAGCCAAAGUUGGAGUAUCUAAAAGAUUGCUCUGUCUUAGAACUUUAUAUACUGGUCUGUAUGAAAAGGCUAGAAGUUAAAGAGCAGAACUCAUAUAACUUCAACUCUGUCAUGAAAGAAUACAAAGCUAUACAUGAUUCAUUCCAGACUCCUGACUAUUAUGCACGGAAUGUUUGCUUAAGGGCUUUGGAGCAUCUUAUCCAAUGUGAAUUAGUUUGCUUCAUGGACAAUAAGGGGUACAACCAAUCCAAUGAAUUUCGUCCAGUGAAGUUACUAAUCUCACCAUAUGAGCUCCAAUUGGGUUUGAAGGAAAAUCAAAGUUGCCCAAGCAUUCUUCAAAAAUUGAUGGAUCAGACAGGGCAAAAAAGUUAAAAGGACCAAAUAAAUGUUGAAGUAGCUUGAGAAGAUCUGCUGCAAACUUCUUGGUUCAAGUAUGAGUUAAUUAACCUUUUUAACCUCAUUAGAAAUUUGAUUAAUCCUUUUUGUGAAGAUAUGGGGAACAAUCAAAUAUUGUAGCAGCAAAUCUCUAAAGCAUCCAUAGUGAUGGUACAACCAUUUGUAGCAUUCACACGAUACUUCUCAGGUUUUUGCUGUGCAUUGUAUAAAACCUUUUUGUAUAAACUUAUCUUGCUCUGUUUUUUCAAUAUUCAAAUUUUUUGCAGUCUAUUGAUAUGUGUGUGUUAUUGUGCUACUA